CACCACGCGUCAUCUUCAAUUGACGCUCUAUAUUAUCACAAUCACUUUGUUAAAAUGGAUACCUGUGAGCUUGCUAUACAAUCUACGCUUUGUGAUCUCAAUUCUGGUGUUUUUAAGAGCCAGCGGCAGGCUGCCUGUGCGUACGGAGUUCCUCGAUCCACGCUUCAAAGCCGCCUACAGGGCUGUCAACCUCACACGUCAGCACACUCAAAUCAGCAGCAAUUGAAUCUAGAGCAAGAGCGCUUCUUAGUUAAGUAGAUUCUUGAAGAGGAUAAACGUGCUUAGCCCCUAUUCUAUCCACGGGUACGAGAAAUGGCCUCCCAAAUACUUUAGAUAAAUAGAGACCACACUCUGCAUAGUUAACUAUGGGUACCCCAUUUUAUC